AUGGUUGAGUUCAUUCAAACGAACAUUCUUAGUCGAUUUGGUAUACCACGAGCUAUUAUUAGUGAAGGGUGUGCUCAUUUCUGUAAUAGGUAUUUCCGUACCUUGAUGCAAAGAUACUCCAUUACUCAUAAAGUUGUUUCUGCCUAUCAUCUCCAAACAAGUGGCCAAGUAGAAAUAUCCAAUUGUGAAUUUAAGAGAAUUCUUAAGAAAACAGUUAAGCCAGAUCAUAAAGAUUGGUCUUCUAGACUGUAUGAUGCUUUAUGGGCUUACCGUACUGCUUAUAAAACUCCAAUUGCUCUAGAAUGUUAUCAUGCUCUUCCUGAGGUACUAGAUGAGAGACGUAGUUGUCCUAUUUUCACACCUUUUCUAAAGGUACAAAUUGCAGAAACUCUGAUUCAGAAGUUGUGUAAUGGUAGGUUUGCCAAGAGAAAGCAUAGUAGCACUACCAAAGCUAAAAUUCGUAAAAGGUUGUGGAUUUUAGAUUCUAUCAUCUCUGCUAAUGUCCAUCCUCUUGGACAUAAAAAUAUUAGGAAUACUGAUUCUCUCAAGGCGCUAUUGUUAGACUUGCAGGGUUUUGUGGUGGAUCCAAAAGAAGGAUCAUGUGAUGAAUCUCCAAAAUUUGGGAUGAAGGAAUGGAAUAAGAGCAUACUGGAAGAGUUACUGCGCCUUACUACAUCCGCUCCAUCUACUUCUUCUGUUCCACCACCACCACAUAUGGAUUAG